CAGUACGCAGGCGCGCGCUUCCGGGGCAAAGCUACGGUCGGCUCCGCACGUGAAGUUCGGUGCGAUGGAAGGAGUGAUGCACACUGACGCCAAAAUGCCCCCUGAGUCUGGGACAGAGGUGGUUUCGCGAGUCCCUGGCUGCAGCCUCCGGCAUUUUGCUUGCGAACAGAACUUGCUUUCCCGGCCGGAUGGUUCUGCAUCUUUCCUGCAAGGUAGGAACCCAGGAGAUACCUCUGUCCUGGCCGGUGUGUACGGGCCAGCCGAGGUGAAGGUCAGCAAAGAGAUCUUCAAUAAGGCCACACUGGAAGUGAUCCUGAGGCCAAAGAUCGGGCUGCCUGGUGUUGCAGAGAAGAGCCGGGAACGGCUGAUCAGGAACACGUGUGAAGCGGUGGUGCUGGGGGCCCUGCACCCCCGAACCUCUAUCACCGUGGUGCUGCAGGUUGUCAGCGAUGCUGGCUCUCUCCUGGCCUGCUGCCUGAACGCUGCCUGCAUGGCAUUGGUGGAUGCUGGUGUGCCCAUGCGGGCCCUCUUCUGUGGGGUCACCUGUGCCCUGGACUCUGAUGGGAACCUCAUGCUGGACCCCACAACCAAGCAAGAAAAGGAGGCCCGGGCUGUGCUGACCUUCGCGCUCGACAGUGUGGAAAGGAAGCUGCUCAUGUCCACCACCAAGGGACAGUACUCCGACACUGAGCUCCAGCAGUGCCUGGCCGCGGCGCAGGCCGCCACCCAGCACAUCUUCCGCUUCUACCGGGAGUCCCUGCAGAGGCGCUACUCCAAGAGCUGACGCCCCGCCACCUCCCGGCUCCCGUGCCAAUAAACCGCUGCCCCGCCUA